AUGCCAGCUUUCACGCUUGCGCAGCAAUGUAGAUUCCGGCAUGUGCUCAGGUGCGUUUGCCUUAUCGUUCUACUGGGCCUUUCACUCGGCUCUUCACCGACACUUGUGACGGCCCAAGACGAGCCGGCGCGUGACAUCAUUGCGCCGCUGCCCGAAGGCACGCAGCAGGCGGAGCUCGAGUUAGCCUUGCCAGUUUCUGUAGCGGAGAAUGUGGAUCCUGUAGGGCCUUCCGAGCGUCCUAGGGAAGCUGUCGUCGAGGUUUCGGUGGAGGUCCCGCUUGAUGACGGCGCUGUUGCCGAGCACGAUGUGUUGGGUAUACCACAAGCUGAUGAGGAUGCCGCUGAUGCUGAAGAGCAGAGGGCGAUUGAGGAGACCAGGAUGACUGAAGCAAGCCGAGAAGCCGCGGAGACGCGAAGGGACGUGCAGGCAGAGCGAGAAGAUGACAGGCGACUCGAGGAACAUGAGAGAAUGGCAGCGGAAGCGCAGAGCCUUUCAGAAGAGGCCGAAGCACAGAAGGCGGUGGAAGCUCAACGAUCCUUUGAAGCUGCAGUGGAGGAGGAGUCUUUUUCAUCGGCGGUCCGUGUGUCGACUGAGGAAAACGGUGCCCAGCCAUCAGGCAGUGGUGCUUUUCAUUCAGCCAACCUCGAGCAAGAAGCAGUGGCACACCAUAGUGAGCAGUUGCCACCGCCGGUUGAUUCGGUGGAGGUAGAGCUCUCAUCUUCAUCGGGUGCCGCGACCCUCGACACGUAUCUGUCCACGGAAGAGAAGGUGAGCAAACACAUGGCUGAGGAGACCAAAAGGGCAGAAGCUCAAAUCGCUGCGGAGGCGCAGCAGGCGGAUACGGUCCCUCACCAUGAGGAGAUGCCCAAGGCGGCCGAAGUCAGUACGGCCGAAGAUGCGAAGCAGUCGGAGGAAAAGAGGGUUGCACAGGAGUUACAAAAAGCGGAGCAAGUCCGCAUAGCUGAAGAAGCGGCUCUCCAAGCUGAGGAAGCGCGCAAAGAUGAGAAGGAAAGGCUUGCUGAGGAGCGUCGCAAAGCCGAGGAAGCUCGUCUAGCACAGGAGGCACAACGCGCGGAGGCGCAAAGGACCGAAGAAGAAGUGCGACGUGCAGAAACGAGGAGGAAGAUGGAGGAGCAACGCCACGCUGAUGCGGCAGCCGCGAGUGCUUCGAAGCGCAGAAAAGCAGCGGCAGAGGCCCAAGGGCGGCUGAAUGCAGAACGGAAGCAGGUGCUUGCCAAGAUAGACGAGGAAAGGGUGCGGUUCCGGACAGCUGCAUCUGACCUCAUAACACAGCAGGAAGUGGAAAAGUCGUCUGCGGUGCGGCGCGACAAAACCGUCGCCACCGAACUGCAGAAGUCCAUGGAGACAAAACUCGAGGUCCUCCAGCACGACCUCGUGACGCUGGGGCGUGUCUCGGCGACGCUUCGCGGCAGGGUGAGCGCGCUCUUGCACAGUAGUACUCUUACGCAGGUGCAGGAGGACGUCCAGGCGUUGGAUGAGGUGGUGGUGAAGGCGGGUGAGACGCUCGAUAGCAUUCGCGAGGCCGCCGACUCACUCGCAGAUGCGGCGCGUGCGGCUGUGGGGAAUCAGAAAGACGCCCCUGCUACAACUGCAGAGAUCACGCUACUAGCAAAGCAGAAGCUGGCACUGGAAACUGCCCACGACGCUGCAAUCCAGCACCUCCUGGAGCGCCUGCAGGCCCUCGACUCAGAGCUGGCAGAAGCGGCGGAGCAGACAGAGGCAGAAGACAAAGCAGUUGCAGGGCCUGCCGAGGCUGCUGAGGGCGCGGCCACUCCUUCUCUGUCGCUUGUUGCACCUGCAGCAGCGGAGGCACCGCAAGAGGUAGUGUCGCUGCCCUCCGAGGCCUCCCGACCAGUGAGGACCUCCACACCUGCUCCGACUCCCUCCGCUCCCGGAGCAGAGUCGCGGGUGAACUCGCCAAAACACGCAGAGGAGAGCCACAGUCGAUACCGCCGCGAGCUGAUCGAAACGCCGGCAAAUCGGGGCGGGGAAGAAAGCUACAGCGAAAGCAGUUACGAGGUCCGCCACCUCGAGGGCGGCGCACCGUACAAGGCGAAGCAGCACAUGGAGAUUGCUGGCACAGUGGUGGUGAUUGCUAUCGCUGCAACCGUACAGACACUCCGCUGGUGCCGCAGCGCGUGUCGUGAUGAGGAGGAGGAUGAGGAGACCUCCGAGGAUGUGGUGCCGGAACUUCAAGCAAGCGAGAAAUCCUUGGCAUCCCCACAGAAGUCGCUCCCUCAGAGCGGCGGACCGUUGCAGCAGCGGCCGCAGGCAUCACUGCCGUCUAUGUUGCCACCUCGCGGAGCCAACGCAGCACCCGACCGAGGUGGUACGGAGUCGCCGAGUUGCUGGGAAAGCGGCAACAUUGUGCCGCCGUCGCAGCGCGGCACGCCAUCGGCCUCUUCCGAGCAAAUGCACUUGCCUGCCGAGGAGGGCGACAUCCUUUCGACGACACCCGUGCUGCGUCACCACCCGGACGCCUUUCCGCUCGGUUCCCCGGCGCCGGGCAGGCCUGGAGUCAUCCGAAGACCUCCAUAUGGGACCUCGCCUCUGGACACUGCACGCGCGCCGCCACCCCCGGGUGCGACAUCCCCAUUUACGCCGUCUCGAAACGAGGCCCUGGGCAUGUUUCCUACUCCCAUGCAGCGGCAGCCGCCGCUACCUGGCGGGCAGUUUGGUGGCCCGUCUCCGCCACCACUGUCGGGUAACCCGCCAAUGGCGGGAACGCCACUGCAGUUGCACCGCCGCCGAAACAAUGGUGACGACUUUGAGCUGCAAAACCCCUUUCUCUCACGUUGGUCGUAG